ACCUGUCUUGACUGUAUCACUAAACACAGACAUUACACUCCGUAUUAAUGUGAAUGUGUGUUCAGGAGCCUGAGAACGUCGUCAUGAUGUCGGCCAACUAUUUUGUGGAUUCACUGAUAAACACUGAGCCUCAGGAGGUGCUCAGUGCCAGCGCGCAUUUCACAGACGUAUGUUCAUCGCCAUUUUUAUCUGCAGACUGUUCACACCUUUCUUGCAGUUUUGCAUCCAAAAAUGCUGUCUUCACCUCUCUGUGGGAUCCUCUAUAUUCACAAAAACCCGUGUUUUAUGCCAAACAUCCGGGCAUCGAGGCAGACUCGAGGUUUUUACAGCCGUGGAUUGAACCUGCAGUGAGCAGAAAUUACGAGCUGAAAACUGAUGACUUCUCAGGCAGGAAACAGAAGGAGAAUUCGGGUUAUUUCUAUAAACCAUCGACUCCUUCAAAGACUCACAUCAACUCUUCUGCACUCAUCUCGGGAAAGACUGAAGAAGACAAACCCGAGUUAGAUCCCAAUAACCCCGCGGUCAGUUGGAUAAAUGCAAAGUCGACAAGAAAGAAACGUUGUCCUUACACUAAACAUCAGAUUUUAGAGCUGGAAAAGGAAUUUCUGUUCAACAUGUACCUGACCCGGGACCGGCGGUACGAAGUGGCACGUGACCUCAGUCUCACGGAGCGGCAGGUCAAAAUCUGGUUUCAGAACCGACGCAUGAAAAUGAAGAAAAUGAACACGGACAUGACCCAAGGCAACAAGCAGUGACUAAUUAGCUCAUAGUUUUUGGACAAAUGUUUAAUUAGAUUAUAUAUUUUCCACGAAUUGUUGUUUAUUGUGAUGGUAAAUACAUCACAUGUCGUCAUCCAAAAUAAUAAAUGUAACAUAAUAUUAACUUUAAACAUUAAGGUCGAGUUUUAAAUGAGUUUCAUUAUUAGUUUCUACCUUUGAGCGCUUUAAUCCUGAUGAUGAUCAUGAUGAUGAUGAUGAUGAUGAUGAUGAUGAUGAUCUUGCCUUAGCAGUAUUUUUCUCCUUCUGUUUGCCUUUUUUAUUGGUCACUGACAGUCCUUUACUGAAGUAGCAUCUGUGUUCGCUUACAAAGUGAAAUAUUUCUUACAUCAUUCACAAUUUUGCAUAAAAAUAUACUAUUCUGCUGAUGAGAAAAGCAAAUGGAGUGAACCUGAAUCCCUGCAGCCUUUUUAUUAAAAAAAAAAAAACAGCUGGGAUUUUGUUUUACAUCUUUGACUGAUCUUUUUUUCUUCUUUGUCUUCUUCUGUUUCUCCAGUCCUCUUUCUAUAAAAAUAUGAGGGGAAGUUCACGUUACACUGCACUCAUUAUUGCCUAGCAGAAGAAAUAUCUCUGAAAUAAUUAGAAAUGCGAGCAGUGUUAGUGUCAUGGUGAAAGUGAAGCCUCAUCAUUUUAUCUUGUUUUACACUUACUAAGAUUAAAAAAAAAACCAAGGGAUGUAUCGUGAUUCUCUUCCCAUCUGUAAAUAUAAAACGCACAUGUGGGGGAAUGUUCCUGAGGCCUGCAUGAUAAAAGGUUCAGAUUCAGAUGUUUGAGAUCUACAUGUAGACUAGAUAAUGAUUUCUAAUCGGAUAUAGUCACUCCUGUGCGUUUUCUCUUUUGUUGUGAGAUGUUUUCUAAUCCAGGAAGAAGAAAAAAACAGCAAGGAGAAAUGUCCUUAUUUUUCUGACUGCACCACAAACACUUAUGGCAGGAUGUGAAGAGAUUUUAAGGCUCUAUCUAGUCCGAGGCUUGUGUUCGGAGCAAUGCAGCUUUACGACCCAGAUUCGGAAGCGCUGUUUGUCUCGGGGGGGUCAAACAAAACAAACCACAACGGAACUGGCUAGACGUCUGGCCUAAAUGACUUUAUUGUUUUUAUUGGAGGCGACGCUGAGGCUUGUUACAAAGGGGUUAUUACACUUGUUUUUGGUCCACGACAAACGCGUCCACCCUGUUUUCCUUUAUCACAUUCCUCAUUCAGUAGGGAAGAGGGUCCAAGCGCCUGAAUUUCAGCCUUCA